AUGCGUGUCUUGCUCUGCAUCAGUGUCUUGGCCGCGCUGGCAACAGCAUUCCCCUGCCCCCAAGAGAUCGAGGACCUGUCAACGCCAGCUGCACCCCUCACAGACAUCUUCCCCGCAUCGACGACCACGAUCCCGGAUUCAACGUCACUCAACAUUCCAGUCACUGCCGUACCAACAAUUGACCCAGAUGAUGAUGAUGAUGAUAAGGGCGCAGUGGUGCUGAACAGCACCAGCUCCAGGCGGAGACCCCACACUGAACCCAUCCCCAUCUUCACAAAGGCAUGCAAGUGUAAUUUGGCCACGGCCUUGUACCCGUGCUGGGCAACCGACGCGCUGCAGCGCUGCCACUUUGAGGAAAACUUCUCAUAUCAAUGCUACAUGCAGGCUGCUGGCGGGUGUGCAUACCCGACUCGCAUCUGUAGCAGCCUUUACCUACCGACACCCAAGCCCGGGCCCAACCCCUGCCAGUUACUACCCCGUCCUCCUCCUCCUAUCAUAACGAGCCUACCUCUUAUCACCGCUUUACCUACUUUGAACUUUACGUGGCCGGCCGUACCGACCAAGAUGAUCACGUUGCCUGCGUUGAACACGUUGCUUUAG